CUGAAUGCUUUCUGGGGGGGAGAAACGAGCGAGUAAUUAGCUGAUUAGAGGCCCGUCGGAGCAGCUCCGCUUCCAGCCAAUCCCAGCUCGCUCCGGCCCCCCCGAGGUGGAGAGGGGCGAAUGGUGGCGAGCCGCAUACCUUUGUAGUUUUAAUGGUGCAGAGCGAUAUGUGUGAAGUGCGCUUAAGAAGAAAGGAUGACUGGAUGCAAGUGUCAUAAAACAGCGUUGAAAUAGUGAUAACUCGUUAAUGAAUGUUUUUUUUUUCUUUCUUUUUCCCCUGCUCGCUCCCAGACUAAUUGUAUGAAAACGUCUCACUGAGGAGGCUUCACUGUCUGCGUGCUGACGCACAGCGCAGGUGCGCACCUUCUCAGCUUGUUUUCGUCAAAGGCUUCAAAGUUUCACCACUUACUUAGGACGACAUGGAAAAGUCCAAAAACUUCAGAAUCGACGCUCUCCUCGCCGAUGAGACCCACCGUGGCGGUCGAGACGUUUCCCCGGGCCUGAGCAGCGACAGCCCCGGGAGCAGCCCGGUCUCUUGCCAUCGCGCAGACACCCCAUCCCCGCGGAGCGCUCACCUUCAGACGGGAAUAAUCCCCAAACCGAGCGUCCUAAAUUUCCCGCACCCAGGCCUGGCUUGUCUGACACCGGGCGCCAUUCCCGGUAUGUACCCGGCACCGAUGUAUCCACUGAGCGCUCUGGGAGGGCAGCACCCAGCUUUCGCAUACACCGGCUUCACGCAGCUGACACAGGGCUACCCGGAGCACCUGAAGGCGGCUGCCAUGGCCGGAUCUCUGCCCCUGGAACACUGGAUCCGAGCCGGGAUCAUGAUGCCGCGGAUGCCGGAUUACACCUCAGGCCCUCAGUCCGGCCUGUUGGGGAAAUGUCGCAGGCCUCGUACGGCCUUCACCAGCCAGCAGCUCCUGGAGCUGGAAAACCAGUUCAAACUGAACAAGUACCUGUCCAGACCCAAGCGCUUCGAGGUGGCCACGUCCCUGAUGCUGACCGAGACGCAGGUCAAGAUUUGGUUUCAGAACCGGAGGAUGAAGUGGAAGCGCAGCAGGAAAGCAAAGGAGCAAGCAUCCGCCUCCAGCAAGGCGGAGGGGGAGCAGCUUAGAGGUGGAGGAAAAGUAACCAGCGACAAAACAGACGAGGCCAGACGAGGUUUAAAUGUGGACGGCAGACGGGCAGACUACGGGUUGGAGGAUGGAGAGGAUGGGGAGGAGGACGACGAGAUAGACGAAGAGGAAGAAGAAGAGGAGGAGGACGGGAGCCAGCAUGGGUAUCGCAUCACCGUGAGCAACAAAGUUGAAAUAUCACGGUCCACAGACUUCUUGCAGCACCGCAGCAAGCUCGGCUACGACCCCCUCAGCCCGUUCUCUGAUGAUGAGCUGGAGGGGGUUCAGGUAGGAGGAGGAGGAGGAGACCGGAAGAUUGGGGCAGGACUGUGAGGAGACCCCAGGAAGACCCUGAAUGUUACAGAGAUUCUACCAGGACAACUGCUCAAAAAGCAGCUGUUUGUGUUUACUCUAAAAAACAGUUUCCAAAUCUGAAAAAUAUGUAUGUUUUCAUUUCCAUCAAA